AUGCUAUUAAAUGUAACGUCUUCGCGAUACAUAAGUAUGCCUCAACUGAAAAGUCAGAAUAGUAUAUCAAGAACUCGUUUUACUUCAUCUCCCGUUGCUGAACCAAGCACAGCAUUACCGAUUGCCACUGGAUCCACAAUAACAACGAAACUACUUGAGAGUCUGGAAAGCUUGAGUCAGGUCAUGUCAACAACUGCAUACAAUACGAUCUCUUUAAAUAAUUACACUUCAAGUUCACAAUCUUUGGUUAAAAAUUGCUCUUCGUCUGUAAAAAGCAAUAUUACUAUUGAUAGAUGGUUGAUAAGCUCAUUGAAGUCUUUUUCUUCUUCACUGAUGCCAACUAUGCAACCGUCGACAACUGAGCUGACGACACCAUUAUUUACAACAUUUGCUCCAACCACCACAUCGGAAAUAUACUCCGUAUUCACUAGUGACGAAUCAAUUUACGUUGUCUAUGACCAGAUCUACAAAAUUACAGAAUCAUCAACAACAUUCAACACGCAUUUUCCCCAAACAACUGUUCUUAAAGAGGCCGAUACCCCGUUAACGUUCACUAUUCCAACUAAUACCAUCACUGGAGAUGCUAAACUUUAUCAAAAUUUAUCUGGCGCACUAAACACGCAGGAGGGUUCAAACUCUUAUAGAAAAACAGGUGUUAUUGUUGGUUCUACGGUUGGAGUUGUCAUUGGAGUGGUUGUAGUAAUUUUUAUCGGGCUCAUAAUAAUUAGAAAUAAGAGAAACAUGAAAAAGCGCAGCAAAAAGGGCUUUAGUCAUGAUAUUGGCAAAAGAGUAAGUUGCGAUGAAGUAGCAAAAGGACAAUCCCUAUCAAAUCCAUUCUUAAAUGAACUCUGUUAUAAAGUAAUAACCAACGGCGAAGGUUUACGAGAUUCGUUUGACAAUAGAAGAGAUAUACGUAGAGGGAAUUCCUCAGAUAGUUUAUUUAUAGCGCAUCCUUAUUAUGGAACGGAAGACAAUGAAACUGAGAGUAUUUCAUACUUGUCGUCAUUCAAUGAAUCUAACGGGUCAUCUAUCGAAGAAACGAGCUCUAAUGCGUCUACUAUAACUCGGCCAAAUAUUGAACAAACGAAUAGUUUCUUAAGAGAAGUGAUUUAG